UCAAUAAUGAAAGCAAAAAUUGCUUAGAAAACAACUUGGGUAUAAUCAUUUUGUGUAUCUUGGUCGUUACGUUCUGAAACUUCAGCGAAAUGGUCGAUGAAGAAUGUGACCCACCGCAUCCUUAAAAGACGUUAGCAGGUGACGUGAAUUUUGGUAACACUUUACGAGAGUCUUUGACAUGUUUAACUCUUUCAUCGCACAACAUAAAUUAUGGACUCGUUAACAUCAAUGGGUCUGAUUUUUGCGGCCUGGAUUGGAUUUUCAAGUGCUGAAAAUUACGCUGCUAGAAACAAAACGAAGUGUUUCCCAGGUAACAUCAACAACAACAAUCUACAGCUAGAGGGCUCGUCAGGAACGUUUGAGAGUCCCUUUUACCCAUCGAAGUAUCCCAAAAGUAUUAAUUGUACUUGGGUCAUAACUGUGCCGUAUGGAAAGCUGGUUAAACUUAGUUUCACUGCCUUCGACGUGGAAUGGUCUUCGAGCUGUGAUGAAGAUUAUGUUCAAAUUUACGAUGGCUGGUCUUCCGCCAGUGAAGUGAAAACGAAAUUAUGUGGAGCAAUACUUCCAAGCGACGUUUCUUCCACUAGCCGCUACUUGAGGGUUCAGUUUCGAUCUGACGAAGAUAAUCAUGGCAAUUGCAGUGGUUUUAAAGCUCAGUUCGAACAGGUUCACAAAGCAAAUGUUCUAACCAUCCUUUUCAUUGGGGGAGUUUCGCUGUUUCUGUUACUGAUAUGUAUGGCUUGCAGCAUCAUAAGACGUCGGAGAAGUUCAACCCCAAGGCGGCAAUUUCUUCAUGCUCUAAGAUGUAGAAUAAGACACAACUCGAGCCGCCAAUUUAUUCGUGCAUCAAGGCCUCACCCAGCUGCAAACAUAAACCUAUACCUACCCUCCACAAGGGGCUAUCGUACCCCAUCUUAUACGUUCCCGAUGGAGCCUCCUCCUCCCUACACAUAUCCGACAGAGCCUCCGCCACCUUAUCCGGGAGAGGAUACUUAUUUACCGCAUCCACCCUUGGGACGCUCGUAGUCGUAUCCUCAGGAAAGGCAUGGACAUUUGUCGCUAUCCUCAUGCAGGAUGAUAUAACGAUUUUUUGGAAGGAGGAUACAGAAAACGUUCAUCAUGAUUCCGGAUUCAUUAAGACACCGAGAAUCAUUAGGGUGCUGGUCUUAUAAAAUCUGGUGGUCCCAGCUUCAAGCCGUCUUCUCUGCUUCUCACUGGAUUUGUUUUCAGUUCCUCUGAGUUCAACUCCUUGACUGCUCUUUCUAUGAAGCCUACUAGCCAGCUGGGGUUCCUAAAAACAUUGUGUUUAUCUCAAAUUCUUUUUCUGUUUCCAGUUUGUUUAAAUUACGUAUUUCUCAAUUUGUUAGGGUCUCGAGACUUGUGAAAGAAUUGUACAGUUGUUAUUUCUAUUUUUUGUCAUUUCUUGAGGGGUAUGUUUGAAUGUUUGUUCAUUUACGCAGCUAUUUAACUUGUGUCGCUGUUUUGCCAUAAAGAGUGUAAAUAGAACUUAAAAUGUAUAUUUUGAGCUCAUUUGCUCAUUUCCUUUUGUAACGAACGAAGGGAAAACAUCGUGGUCCCACACGAGGAAUAUUACUUCAUACGUGCGGAUUCUGAAGUCCAAUGUUCUACGUUAAAAAAAAUAACUUGAUAAUUGUUUCACGCCAUUAUAUGUAUAUUCAAACAUACUUUCCUAAAUACAAUUUAUUUGUCCGACGCA